AACUUUAGCUAGUAGCCGUAGCUGUAGCAUCACAGCUCGACUGUGUCUCUACCUGAAAUUGACGCCUUGGGAGGCACGUUAUCCAGCAUAUCACCAAUUCCCACGCUGUUAUGGAGCUGUAGACAGAAUUUAUAAACAGAGUGUUGAGGAAUGGUCUGACUGCAGCAGUCAACAUGCACAGUCGUUUGCAGGAGCUGAAGAAGGAGGAGGAGACUCUCCUCAAAAUCAAAGUUAUGCUACAAGACCAACUGAACAGGUUGAAGUUUGAAGAAGGGGCCUUGAAGUCUAUUAUUAACGCACAGACAGAAGAAGGUGCCUCUGAUCGUUCAUCCCCAGACGCUGAGGUUCACAUUAAUCUUGACGAUGAGGGCGAGAUCAACCGUACCAAACUCCUACUGAAUGCCGCUGUAGAUUAUGACAUGGAGGAGGAGGAAGAGGAGGAGGAAGACGACGAGGAAGACGAGGAGGAUGAUGAAGGAGACGAAAAUGAGCUUGAGUUUAUGGCUGAGGAGGAUGAGGAGGAGGACGAUUACUGAGAUUGACAGGAUGUCAGUAAUUGCAGCACUGGGGAAGAACAUGAACCACGUGUAAACGGACAGCUGUGUAUGUGUUCACCUGUUUUGUAUUAUCAGUUAAGAAGUUUAAUUUAUUUGGAUGGAGCGAGUAACAGUUACAGUGUAAUGAUGUGUGGUGCUAGCAGUAUCUCUCUCUCCUUUAGCCUGAUUUAAGGCAUGUCAUCAGAAUUUCACACCAUGUUAGUCAUGUGUCAGUUUUUGUGAGAAACAUCUCACUUAAACGCAGUAAAGCAGUGCUAUUAGGUGCUUAUUAUAUUUUAUUAGACAUAUUGUGCAUUUUGGAGACACGACAGAGAGCAGCAGUUCACUUGAGAAUCAAAAAUCGGAUGUUGAGAUGUGUGUGUUGAUGAAAAUGUAUGGCUGGGCCAUAUAAGAAAAUAGUGUGUAUACAUUCUGUGAGAAAUUCCUGUAAGCACAAAAUAAAUGUUUUGCAUAAGUUUCA